CCCGCGGGUCUCACCACACAGCCUGCCCCGCCGGGUCUCAGCACGCAGCGCCAGACGUCUAACAUCCCCAUGGCCCCGCCCAGCAAGCUGCCGCCCCACCAGCAGCCUGGGCAUGACUACUGGGUUUACCCAUCGGAGCAAAUGUUUUACAACGCCAUGAAGCGGAAGGGCUGGGACCCACAAACUGAGGACAUGCGCAAUGUGGUGGCGAUUCACAACUCCGUCAACGAACGGGCCUGGAGGGAGGUGAUGGCUUGGGAACGGCUGCACUGCGAGGAGUGCCCCAAUCCGCGACUCAAGCGCUUCCAGGGCCGACCGAGUGAUCUCAGUCCCAAGGCACGGCUGCUCAACUUCGUGGGUUUCGGCCUCCCGUUUGACCGGCACGACUGGGUUGUGGAUCGCUGCGGCCGGGAGGUGCGCUACGUGAUUGAUUUUUACAACGGCGCUCCGCAGCCAGGCCAAGCUGCCCCUGUGGCCUUCUUCCUGGACGUGCGACCCGCCCUGGACUCCGUGGAGGCUGUUUGGGACCGGAUACGGAUGCAGGUCGCCUGGGUGGUCAGUGGCCGGUGGAUGGAGCGAUGACACAGGCGGAUGACAGCUGACAGCGGUUCGGGGUUGCUAACGGUUACGGCGGUAGUAGUGGGUAGGGUGGGAUGGCCCUGGGUGUUGCUGAUGGAUUCAGGCCAUAUCGCCUGCACAGCCGUUUCGAGACAUGUUAAUCGUGUUUUCCGGUGAUGGUGGUUGUGGUGGUAUGUGCUGGCCUGCGUGAGAGACGCUAUGAGUGCAGAUUAGCUAGCAUGCCUCGGGCGGCAGGGCUGAGGCUUGAGGGAGUCCGUUGCUUCCCGGUAUGCGGUAUGGGGUGCUGCUGACAGCUGAACAGGAGGAAGCAGUACGGGCGGAACCCGACUGUGCCCGGGGCAUGUGGAGUCGUGGCAGGAGUCCAAGGUACCGGGCCCAUAGGUGUGAGGAGCGCUCAGGGCUGGCCAUGGAUGUGGAGCCAGGGGCGACGUACGUCUGCUGUGACCUAAUGGCAGGGACCAAUAUUGCGAGUGCGUUGUGGGUACAAGAGACAAGGCUGUUUCUUUGAGCAGCAACCCCUUUGACUUCUCGUACAGAUAGAUGUAGUUCAGGUUUGGGUGACGAGCAACUCUCUGUUUGGAUGGCCUCGACAGGUUACAUUGAUAAUGCCUCGUUAUAAUAACAGCGACGAUGAAUGACAGGUCUUGAUCAAGGGGAAAAGGCUUUAUCACAUCAAAAGUCUAAGAAGCUUCGAUGUACGUUUAACUCCGUAUCCUGUGCUUUGUGCCAGUGCUGAAUAGGAUAGCAUAUGCAGUCCUGGAUUGACUCCGUUUUACUAAGUUGCUGGUUACGCUCUUAUCUGCGCUUCGAAUCUGUCCAACGUGUAAAGAAUUGUAUUAUGC